GUAUGAAUAAGGAGGGUUUCUAUGGAUCUUGUCACAUUCCUGGUGCUCACUCUCUCCUCUCUCAUUCUCCUCUCACUAUGGAGACAGAGGUCUAGAAGAGGGAGGCUCCCUCCUGGCCCCACUCCUUUCCCGAUUAUUGGUAAUUUCCUUCAGAUUGAUGUGAAGAACUUCAACCAAUCCUUAACCAAUUUCUCAAAAACCUAUGGCCCCGUUUUCACUCUGUAUUUGGGCUCACGGCCCAUUGUUGUAUUGCAUGGGUAUGAAGCAGUGAAGGAAGCUCUGAUUGAUCAUGGGGAGGAGUUUUCUGGUAGAGAAAACAUCCCAAUGUCUGAAAAGAUUAAUAAUGGCCUUGGCAUUACUUUUAGCAAUGGAAACAGUUGGAAAGAGACAAGACGUUUCACACUCAUGACCCUAAGGAAUUUGGGCAUGGGGAAAAGGAACAUUGAGGAUCGUGUUCGAGAAGAAGCACAGUGUCUUGUGGAAGAACUAAGGAAAACCAAGGGCUCACCUUGUGACCCCACAUUCAUUCUGAGCUGUGCUCCAUGCAAUGUCAUCUGCUCAAUUAUUUUUCAAGAUCGUUUUGAUUACAAGGAUAAAGAUUUUCUUAUGCUCAUGAAAAAACUAAAUGAGAAUGUCAAGAUUCUGAGCUCCCCAUGGUUGCAGGUCUGCAAUAAUUUCCCCUUGCUCAUUGACUAUUGUCCGGGAAGUCAUCACAAAGUACUAAAAAACUUCAAAUAUAUUAGAAGUUACCUGUUGGAGAAAGUAAAAGAACACCAAGAAUCACUGGAUGUUACAAACCCUCGUGACUUUAUCGAUUAUUUCCUGAUUAAACAAAAACAGGCAAACCACAUCGAACAAGCAGAAUAUUCACUUGAAAAUCUGGUCUGCACUAUCAAUAAUCUCUUUGCUGCAGGAACAGAGACAACAAGCACAACACUGAGAUAUGCUCUCCUACUCCUGAUGAAGUACCCAGAUGUCACAGCUAAAGUCCAAGAAGAGAUUGACCAUGUGGUUGGUAGACACCGUAGCCCCUGCAUGCAGGACAGGAGCCGCAUGCCCUAUACUGAUGCCAUGAUUCAUGAGGUCCAGAGAUUCAUCAACCUUGUCCCUAACAACCUACCCCAUGCAGUGACCUGUGACAUUAAAUUCAGAAACUACAUCAUCCCCAAGGGAACAACAGUAGUAACGUCACUGACAUCAGUUCUGCAUGACAGCAAGGAGUUCCCCAACCCAGAGAUGUUUGACCCUGGCCACUUUCUAGACGCUAAUGGAAACUUUAAGAAAAGUGACUACUUCAUGACUUUCUCAGCAGGAAAACGGGUUUGUGCUGGAGAGGGCCUGGCCCGCAUGGAGCUGUUUCUAAUCCUGACCACCAUUUUACAGAACUUUAAACUGAAAUCUCUGGUUCACCCAAAAGACAUUGAUAUGAUCCCAUUUGUGAAUGGAUUAAUCACUCUGCCACCCCAUUACCAGCUCUGCUUCAUUCCUCUCUAAAGAGAUCACACAUUCUGAACCCUCCUCUGUUGCCUUCUGCAAUCCCCCCCCCAGGGUUUUAUUCACCUCUUUCCUUAUCAGGGAUAAGGCAUCUUCCAUCCUGGCUCACAGAACCCCCUUUUCUGAAGACCUAGCAAACACAUGCGGUUUCUGGAGUUAUAGCACAAAUGCACUUGUAUUAUCUCUUUUAUAUAACAGUUGUCUGAGCCCUUAUGCUUAUGUUUAUCCAUUCCUGCGUUAGAAUAAAACUUCACUGGCAAAUAAUA